AUGCCAUUGGUGAACAGCAUUGACCCAUACGUUCCGGGCGCCAUUCCGUUCUCGCAGUACUUGGAACAAUUGAAUUGGGUACUACUUCAUCAGAAAAUUCCUGCUGAUGAGCACAAGGCUACUUUUUUAGCUUCUUGUGGGACAGAGGUCUACUCUGAGCUUAAACUGUUGUUCCCAGGUAAAGAUCUUGCUGAUAUUGAGCUCAAAGAACUGACGGAUUCGCUUAAAAAGCGGUAUGACCGUAGCGAGAGUGAUCUUGUACAGCGUGUGAAGUUCUAUGCUCGAUCCCAAAAGCCGGGUGAAAGAGCCGUUGAUUUUGUGCUUUCAGUCAAGCAAUUGGCUGAGUAUUGUAACUUUGGUACUUUCAAAGACAUGGCUAUUAGGGACAGGUUAGUCUGUGGUGUUGCUAGCAAGCAGCUUCAGGAGCGAUUGCUUGAUGAGGAGGAGUUAACUCUUGCGAAGGCGGAGAAAAUUAUCGUUAACCGCGAGCAGGCCGCUGAGCGAUUGACGUCCAUCAAUGGAGAAACAGCUAGGGUCAGCGUAGUAGAACGUCUAGGAACCAAAAGGGUUGGAUUUCAGCGUGAGCCAACACCUACUUCAUUCCGUGGUCGUCGUAGGAGCCGUGACAGCUACAGCAAGCGCAACAGCAACGGUAGCCGCAGUCGCAGCAGAAGCGUUUCUACCCCGAGGAAGGGCGGAAAGAAGACCUACUUCUGCAAUUACUGCCGCAGGAAGGGGCACACCCGUAAAUACUGUUACGACCUGAAACACCAGAAACCAUCUGUAAAGUCAGUCGCCGUGGUGCCAAAGAAGCCGGAUUUGUCGGAGCGAUUAAGAAGAGCAGCUAAGUCGUCGGAAUCGGAAGAAGAAAUGGACGUUUUGAUGAUUUCCGCGUCGCAACGUUCCAGCACUAGCGCACCGUGCCUAGUCGAAGCAUGUGUGGAAGGUGAGAUCCUGCGGAUGAAGAUCGACAGUGGAUCUGCCAUCUCCGUUGUCAGCAAGCAGACAUACAAUCAACGCUUCAAAUACAAACCGUUGGACAGGUGCAAUCUUAAACUGGCAGUUGUUGAUGGCGCGCGUCUGUUAGUUGCGGGUCAGAUCAUAGUGUCCGCGAAGGUCAACGGACGGAGCGAGAAGCUUGCGUUGGUGGUGUUGGAGAGUGCAAAGGAGAUCAUUCCACUGUUAGGCAGGGAUUGGCUUGACAUUUUCUUCCCAGCUUGGCGAGAUGCAUUCCGAGGACCGAUGCUAGUGAACCAUACCAGCGUUUCAAAGGAGGACAGGGUUGUUGAAGAUAUCAAAAGUAAGUACUCGAAGGUUUUUGACAGCGACUUCUCUGUUCCCAUAUCAAGUUUUGAAGCAGAUUUGGUACUCAAGGAAGAUAAACCUAUUUUUAAACGGGCCUAUGAUGUUCCUUAUCGUUUGCGUGAUCAGGUUGUUGAGCAUAUAGAAACUUUGGAACGGGAUGGAGUGAUAACUCCAAUUGAAGCAAGUGAGUGGGCUUCACCUGUUGUCAUCGUAGUUAAGAAGGAUAAGGGAAUCCGUAUGGUGGUUGAUUGUAAAGUUUCUAUCAAUAAGCUCAUAGUACCAAACACCUAUCCGUUGCCUGUGCCUCAAGACUUGUUUGCUUCGUUGUCUGGUUCAAAAGUGUUUUGCUCUCUUGAUCUGGCAGGAGCAUAUACCCAAUUACGUCUUUCCAAGAAAUCCAGAAAGUUUAUGGUGAUCAAUACGAUCAAGGGUUUGUAUUCGUACAACCGUUUGCCUCAAGGAGCGUCUAGCAGUGCUUCUAUUUUUCAAAAAGUGAUGGAUCAAGUUUUAAAAGGUUUGGAAGGUGUAGUUUGCUAUUUAGACGAUGUUCUAAUAGCCGGGAAGGAUUUUGAGGAAUGUGAGAGGAAACUUUAUUUGGUCUUGGACCGUUUGGCUAAGUUCAAUAUAAAAGUUCAUUUUAAGAAAUGCAAUUCUUUGUUUCCAGUUUGCCUUAUUUGGGACAUGUGUUGACAGAACAAGGAUUGUUACCUUGUCCUGAAAAAAUUGAGACAAUUCGUAGAGCCAAGUCUUCGAAUAACGUCACAGAGUUGAAGGCAUUUUUGGGUUUGAUCAACUAUUACGGUCGAUUCAUUCCCAAUCUAUCCUCCCGCCUUAGUCCGCUUUACAGUUUACUAAGAAAAAAUACAAAAUAUGUUUGGAAUGAUAAUUGUAAUAAAGUUUUUGAAGAUUCCAAAAGGCUUCUCUUGAAUCCAAACUUUUUGGAAUUUUACGAUCCUGACAAACCAAUUGUAGUUGUUUCGGAUGCCUGUGGAUACGGUUUAGGUGGCGUUAUUGCGCAUAUUGUUGGUAAAGAAGAAAGACCAAUAAGUUUUACUUCGUUUUCACUAAAUGAUGCGCAAAAAUCGUAUCCAAUUUUGCACUUAGAGGCACUUGCAGUGGUCAGUACGAUAAAAAAGUUCCAUAAAUUUUUAUAUGGAAAGAAAUUUACAGUUUAUACAGACCAUAAACCCUUGAUCGGAAUUUUUGGAAAAGACGGCAAAAACUCCAUUUUUGUAACUCGUUUACAACGCUAUAUUUUGGAGUUAUCGAUUUACGAUUUUGAAAUCGUUUAUCGACCGUCAGCAAGAAUGGGUAAUGCUGAUUACUGCUCCAGGUUUCCGUUGCCAGAAGAAGUUCCACGCGCUUUGCAGAGAGAAUACAUUAAGUCAAUCAAUAUUUCCGGUGAUAUACCCUUGGAUUACAAGAUGAUAGCCAGAGAGACACAACACGAUGAGUUUCUUCAGCAAAUUUUAUCUUUCUUGAAGACUGGUUGGCCGAAGAAACUUGGUCGGACAUUCAGGGAUAUUUACUCCAAUCACCAGGAUUUGGAAGAAAUAGAUGGUUGCUUAAUGUUUCAAGAUCGCAUAGUAAUUCCGGCAAAGUUGCAACACUGUGUUUUGAAACUUCUUCACAGAAAUCAUUCAGGGAUCACUAAGUUUAAACAGUUAGCUAGAAGGUCGGUUUACUGGUUUGGAAUCAAUAGCGAUAUUGAAAAAUUUGUAAACCAUUGCAGAAUUUGCAGUCAAAUGUCUGUUGUUUCAAAGAACUCGACACAAACCAGCUGGAUUCCAACAAGUCGUCCUUUUAGUAGGAUCCAUGCAGAUUUUUUUUUACUUUCAACAAAAAGUUUUCCUUGUUGUAGUCGACAGCCAUUCGAAAUGGCUGUAGGUGGAUUACAUGAGAUACGGUACGGAUGCUACUAAGGUAAAAAGCAAAUUCAUGGCUUUGUUUGCAAGGUUUGGUCUUCCCGACGUCAUUGUGACCGAUGGAGGCCCUCCGUUCAACUCCAAAUAUCUAGUUGACUUCUGGAGUCAACAAGGUAUACAGGUUUUAAAAAGUCCACCGUAUCAUCCCUCCAGUAAUGGCCAGGCCGAACGGAUGGUCCGUGUCGCCAAGGAAGUUUUGAAGAAAUUUCUGCUUGAUCCUGAUAUGAGAGGUUUGGAUAUUGAAGAUCAGAUUUCAUACUUUUUGUUUAAUUAUCGAAACAUUUGCUCAGAAGACAAUCAAUUUCCUUCUGAAAAAUUGCUUAAGUUUACACCGAAAACGACACUGGAUUUAGUCAAUCCAAAGAGCUGUUUUAAGAAACAAUUGACAACUCACACUGGCGAGGAACCUCUUAUCAAUCGGAGUGACAAACCGGUUGUACCGGAUAAGUUUUCUCAGCUGCGACAUGGAGAACCAAUCUACUUCAAAAACUUUAGGACUACCGAAGUUAAGAGGUGGUUGGAUGCCAAGUUUUUGAAAAGGCUGUCUCCAAACGUAUUUCAGGUUUCAGUCGGAGUGUCGUCCAGCGAUAAUGGACCGUUAAAUCAUGGCUCAAGUGUGCCGUUCGAUUAUCAGAAUCCCGUUAGUCAUCAGAAACCAUCGAAUUCUCGAAACGUCGUGCAGCCAAGGCGAUCUCGUCGAUCGAAGCGUCAGAAGCGGAACAAUGAAUUUUAUUAUUAUUAGAGUUUAAGUAUAUUAUUUGAAUUUGUUAAGCCUGCAAUAUCGAAUUUUAAUUACAAUGUUUAAGUCAAAUCUUAAGAGGAGAGAACUGUUGUAUCCAGUCGCAAUAAGAGCAUACCAGCCCUGCGACUUACGAUCUGUCGAUCGGUUCGAAGAGAUGAACAGAAUAAAGAAUAGCUCAGUCUACGUUUGAGCGUGCAUAACUAAA